AAGCCAGUUUACUUAUUGUUGACAGCUGCUAAGCAAUCCAGGAUGCAGACGAAUUUUACUACAGAUGCUUGGUAAACAAGAUCCGCGUUUUUUAUUCGGGAAUAAUGAGUCAUGACAAAAAUGAAGAUGACAGGGAAAGAAUCCCACGAGAAAAGUUACAUGAUCAAAACGAGCAGUUAACGCAGAAACACGUACAGACUUUACAAUUCGUGCAGGAAAUUGCACGUGAAAACAAGGCACUGAAAGCUACAAUCGCUGAAUAUGAGAAAGAAAAGGAGAAAUGCAAGGAAAUCCAUGCCAUUGCGGAGGAGAGUCAGACAAGGCUCAAACAGAUGCAGGAACAGCUACAGCAGAGAGGGGACGAGAUUAAUGCUAUGUUGAUAGAGAAACACAAAGAGGAGACUCCAGCCAAGAAGGAUCCUGAGAUGAUGAAAGUGUUAGAAGAAAAAGUGGAAGGAGAGAGAAAAUUAACCCUGGAGAAAACUGAGCUCAGGGACAGAGUGGAAAAACUGGAGAGAACAAACCAGGAAUUACUCCUACGACUGGAGGGACAAACGGCCCUUCAGAGUAGAAUAGAAGAUGAACAGAAAAUAUCCAAAUCAUACAAAGAUGAAAAUGAAGAAUUGAAGCGGGAACUAGAAAGUCUGAGACACCAGAAGCGACAGCCUGUUGACUUUGAGGAAGUGGACAUGAUAAAGGCCAGAAACAAUCAACUUAUACAGGAGUUGAGAGAGGCAAAUCAGAAAAACAUGGAACUAAACUUCCGUCUCAGUAAACUAGAGAAAGAACUAGCACAACAGGAAGAGGAUAAGGACAAGGUGACCUUGAUAGAGAACCUUAAAGUCAAGGUCACUCAGAUGCAGGCAGAGCGAGGAAGUGCUUUGGAAAAAGAACGCAAUUAUGAAAAAAUGUUAAAAGAACUGCAAGCAGAAAUGAUGUCUUUGAAAGAAUCCUAUGUGAUUGUAGAACUAGAUAAACAAAGAAUUUAUACCGAGUACCAGAAGGUGUUGGCAGAACUGAUGUAUUUACGUAAGAAAGAUUCCAUUGAUAGUGCGAGUAAGUCAUUCAAAGAUUUCGUACAACUGAAAAGAGAAUUAAAUGAAGUUAAAACUGAAAACAGUGAUUUGCGUCGAAUGGUAAAGCCAUCACAAUUGCCAAUGUUGAAGGAUAGUGACAGUAUGAAAAGGUUAGAUGAUAGGCGAGGAUCAGGCACUUCACAAACCUCAAAGUCCUCUAAUGGUGGCAGACAACGACAGCACAGAACCAAGAGUUUGAAUUUCCUAACUAGUUAACUUGUAAUUGCAAUGU